UCAUUGAUUAGCCGAAAAUAUCAUGAACUUGCAAUGAAAAAUUAAUUGAAAAAGUGAAAUGUUUGGUCGGAUCAGAAAAAAGCGGAAACAUGCCACUCUGCGCACCGUGGAGUUCGGGCAGCGGGACCAGUUCUGCACGCUGCCUCUGCACGACCCAGAGCUGAGGCAGAGCAAGUUUGCCUCCAACAGAGUGGUCACCUCCAAGUACACGCUGCUCACGUUCCUGCCCAAGAAUCUUUUCGAACAAUUCAGAAGAAUGGCGAACUUCUACUUCUUGGUGGUCGCCAUCGUACAUUUAAGCAUCGACUCCCCGAUCUCCCCCCUGACGAGCAUCCUGCCGCUGUUGUUCGUGGUGAGCGUGACGGCAGUCAAGCAGGGCUAUGAGGACCUUAAGCGCCAUGCCGAGGACGACAAACUCAACCAUGCACCAACCAUCGUCGUCAGGGACGGCAAGGAAAAGCGCCAUGCCGAGGACGACAAACUCAACCAUGCACCAACCAUCGUCGUCAGGGACGGCAAGGAAAAGACCGUCAGAAGUGAGGAGCUGGUGGUGGGUGACGUGGUGAAGGUGGGGGCGGACGAGCAGAUACCGUGCGAUAUGCUCCUCCUGCUCACAUCAGACGGUGCGCACAAAUGCUCUGCCACGACCGCCAACUUGGAUGGAGAGACAAACGCUAAGAUGUACGAACAGCCAGAGUCGCUCAAGGAACUAACGAGCUUCCGAGAAGUAGCCAGCCUCAGUGGCAUCGUUCAGGCUCAGGCUCCUCACCCGAAUUUAUACGACUUUAAAGGACAGAUGGAGACCCUGGACAGCCGUGCGGCCGUGGCCAGUUGCUCUCUGUCGACUGAACACCUCCUGCUCAGGGGGUCGAAAAUGGUUGGUCACCAACACAUAUACGGGCUUGUACUCUACACGGGCAAGGAAACAAAGAUGAUACUUAAUACAAAGAUGAAAACCGGAAAAUUUUCCACCAUUGAGAGGUCCAUGAACACAUACCUGCUGCUCUACCUGGUCCUAAUGCUCUCCUGGAUCGUGAUCUGUACCAUCUUAAAGUACCAGAUGUAUGGUAACGAUAAGCUCGGUAAGUACCAGAUGUACGGUAACGAUAAGCUCGGUAAGUACCAGAUGUAUGGUAACGAUAAGCUCGCUCUUUUUAAAUACCAUAUGUACGGUAACGAAAAGUUCGGUAAGUACCAGGUGUACGGUAACAACAAGCUCGGUAAGUACCAGAUGUACGGUAACGAUAAGCUCGGUAAGUACCAGAUGUAUGGUAACGAUAAGCUCAGUAAGUACCAGAUGCACGGUAACGUCAAGCUCAGUAAGUACCAGAUGUACGAUAACGAUAAGGUCGGUAAGUACCUGAUGUAUGGUAACGAUAAGCUCGGUAAGUACCAGAUGUAUGGUAACGAUAAGCGCGGUAAGUACCAGAUGUAUGGUAACGAUAAGCUCGGUAAGUGCCAGAUGUACGUUAAAGAUAAGCUCGGAUAUUACCAGAUAUACGGUAACGACAAGCUCGUUGAGUACCAGAUGUACGGUAACGAUAAGCUCGGUAAGAUCCAGAUGUACGGUAACGACAAGUUCUUUUUAAAUACCAUAUGUACGGUAACGAUAAGUUCGCUGAUACCCAUCUCCCUCUACGUCACCCUAGAAAUGCAGAAAUUCGGCGGCGCCAUGUUCUUUGAGUGGGACGAAGAGAUGAGGCAGGGGGAGGGGGGCGACCCUCCUAAGUGCAACACUUCAGAUCUCAAUGAGGAGCUUGGCCAGAUUGAGUACCUGUUCUGCGACAAGACGGGCACGCUAACGGAGAACCGCAUGAGCUUCCGACGUUGCAGUGUGGGCACGAGGACGUACGUUCAUUCCAGAGGGAGACUGUGGCACGGGCACGGGCAGCAACGCGAGCCCGUCACGUCCUUUACGGGAGAAAUGGUGCAGUUCUUCACAAGUCUGUGUCUAUGCAACACAGUGCAGACGAUGUUAACUGAGGCAGGCAGUAACCCUAGCUACGUCCCCGACGUCUCGUCUACUGGACACUCCAUUCAACUGGCGGCCAUUAAACGCAAGUACAUCUCGACGAGUCCUGAUGAAGUCGCCCUUGUCGAAACCUGCGCCAAGUACGGUAUUGUUCUACUGGGUACGCAGGAAGGUACGGUGUCCGUGGACGUGCUGGGGAAGAAAAAGACGUACAAACUCAAGCACAUCUUCCAUUUCCGUUCUGAGCGGCAGAGAAUGUCAGUGUGCGUACAGGCUGAGUCAGGCGACACGUGGCUGCUGAGUAAGGGGGCAGACUCUGCUAUUCUGCCGCGCUGCUCUGGCGGGACAAACCUACAGAAAACUAAGGAGCAUCUACACAGUUUUGCUGUGGAUGGCCUGCGUACGCUGGUCGUGGCCUGCAGGAAGAUAACAGAGGCUGAGCUGCAGGCCAUAUCUCUGGACCUGGCGCAGGCUAACAAGGAAGUAGAAGACCGGGAGGCGCGCGUGUCAGCGGUGUACGACAAGUACGAGCGCGGCCUGCGGCUGCUGGGGGCGACGGGCGUGCGGGACGACCUGCAGUCUGACGUCACCGCGACGCUGCGCGACCUCAGGGCUGCCGGUAUCAAAGUCUGGGUGCUCACAGGAGACAAGCUAGAGACAGCAGUGAACGUGUCGCAGCAGUGCGGACACUUCCAUCAUCACAUGUACGAGCUCACCGUGACGGGGACCACCAGCGCUGCCCACGCACAACUCCUGCUAGACAAUGCGCGGCAGGAAAGUGCAAUGUUCUUUGGACGAGAGAAGAGGUUGAUCGUAGACGGAGUUUCCCUCGUCCAUCUUCUCACGAAGGAUCACAUUAGAGCGUUCCGCGAUGUGGCCAUGCGGUGUGAAGCUGUUCUGUGCUGCCGCUUGUCUCCUAAACAGAAAGCCGAGGUCGUGCGCAUGGUGAAGACCUCCUACAGGAGACCAAUUACGGCCGCCAUCGGGGAUGGUGCUAACGACGUAUCCAUGAUACAGGAGGCACACGUCGGCAUCGGUAUCAUGGGUUCUGAAGGCAGGCAAGCGGUUUUGUGUUCAGACUUCGGGUUCUCGCGGUUCAAGUACCUGCGUAAAGCCCUGCUGGUACACGGCCACUGGUACUACGUACGCGUCACACUCCUGGUACAUUACUCCUUCUACAAGAACGUAGCAUUCAUCACCCCGCAGCUCUUCUACGCCUUCUACAGCGCUCUGUCAACUCAAACGGUGUAUGCCAGCUGGUAUCUGACGCUGUACACUACACUCCCUACAGACGGUAUACGCCAGCUGGUAUCUGACGCUGUACAACCUAACGCUGUCUACUACAAUCCCCGCAGACGGUAUACGCCAGCUGACUACCUACAGACGGUGUACGCCAGCUGGUAUCUGACGCUGUACAACCUGACGUUCGCUGGUCUGCCCAUCCUGGUCUACGGGCUGCUGGAGCAGAACUACUCGCAGCAGCAGCUGCUGAUGCGGCCGCGCCUCUACAACAGCAUUAGCAGGGACGCUCGGAUGACCUGGGGCGCCUUCCUGUUGUGGCUGGUGCUAGCGCUGUGGCACGCUGCCGUGAUGUACUAUGGCCUGUUGAUUACCGUGUAUCCUGGAGACACACCGGUCACGGUAUCGGGACAGACACUGGGCAUGGACCCUUAUGGUACUAUGCUGGUUACCAUGUGCGUCAUAGUCGUCAACAUGAAGCUGCUACUAGAAGCCUACCACCUAGACAUCCUCCUUGUUGGUUCCUUCAUCAUCACUCUCGUGGGCUACGUCAUCACACUCGCCAUCUACACCUUCCCUUUCCCCACGAGCCGAGUGUGUGGUGACAUGCUGCUCAUAGUGAAGUCACCAUGUCUGCUCUUCACCAUCCUGCUGCUGUGUGUAGUGUCACUACUGCCUGACGCCACCAUACUCUCCUACAAGGCGAUGUUGCGGGCUCGAAAUCAACGGCGCGAUACGGCGAUUACAGACGAACAACAUCAACAGUUUUCAUAGCAUAUCGUAUUGUAUGACAGUAUAUAAUAAUAACGUUCAAACUAACAAUUCUAAUUCAAAGCGCAGUGGCCAGAACGCAGAUGGCAACAAUUACAAUGUUGAGAUUAACAAUCACGAGAUUGAGAUAAGGAAUCAUGACGUCGAAAGCAUCAAUCACAACAUCGUGAGUUGCAAUCGCGAUGUAGAAAUUUACUGUUUUUAAGUCAAGAUGUCAAUCUUGAUGUCGUGUGCAUCAAUCAGGACACAGUGCAGGAACCACGGCGUUGGUCUUCGCAAUUACAGAGUCAAGGUUAGCAAUCAUCACGUCGUGGAAAGCAAUCAAAUUUUCUCUAGUAGUAUUGGCGGUGCAACAAGCAACAAUCAUUACGCAGGUGACUGCAAUCACCACAAGGAAAUAAGAAAGUACAAAAUCUGGUUAGCAAUCUCCAUGCUAAUCAGCGGAAGCAAUCACCAACUUGCGUGGGUAUAUUCACUGAUUUUACUACUACACUACAGGUUGAUAGGUUAGUACAGGUUACUACAGGUUGAUUACACCAAAGAAUUUUUAUCAUGAAGAAAGAAGUUUUGGUCCUUGGGAGAUUGGUUAAAGUUGUUAUUUCACUAUUUAUAAGCUUAUAAUAUAGCAGAUAGCUCUCUGUAUAUAAGUUGUUGUUUGUUAUUUAUUUUUCUCGAUUGUCAACCAACCAAUGAUAACAUUGUUAUUAAUUAGUUUCUAAAGAAUUUUAGCCGCUCAUGAUAAUUAAAUUCAUACAUGAUAUAUUAGAUCAAUAAUGCAUGAAACAGAAAUUUUCUCCUAUUUUCUAGUGUUUUUCCUAUUUGAAUCACUUGUAAAAUAGGGAUUACAUGAAGUUAUGUUUUCAUAUUCAUUGUACUGAAUCCCUUUGACAUGAUUAUUAUUAAUCGUGUCUGCUUUGAUAUUGUUGAGCCAGCAGUCGAAAAUAAUUAAAUUAGAUUAUAUUUUAUGCAAAGCAAAAAGUUUCCAAAGUUCAGCUUUGAUAUCGUGUUGAAGAAAGAUAAUGGAUAAGUGAAUUGAGAUAUUAAUAUUUUAAUAUUUCUUUCAUUAUUGAUAUUAUAUUCAAAUAUACUCUCUGUUAUUCCUUCGUAGUACAAAUAUUUUAAAACACUUUUAGGAUCAAUUUUCACCCGUGACGCACCCACCUAGCUCCUUAUCCGUUUCCACCCGUUUACCCCCGUGACACCCGUUAAGAACAAUUCAUCCGUUUCCACCCGUUUACACCCGUGACAUACCCGUUUACACCCGUGACUCACCCGUUUACACCCGUGACACACUCGUUUACACCCGUGACACACCCGUUUACACCCGUGACACACCCGUUUACACCCGUGACACACUCGUUUACACCCGUGACACACCCGUUUACACCCGUGACACACCCGUUUACACCCGUGACACACUCGUUUACACCCGUGACACACCCGUUUACACCCGUGACACACCCGUUUAGGACAACUCAUCCGUUUCUACCCUUUUAAACCCGUUUACACCCGUUUACACCCGUUUACACCCGUG